AUGCCCUCUCAGCCAUUCAAGUCGAAUCUAAUCCUCGAUGAGUGGACCAAGAAAGACAUUGAACUUUGGCUUCAAUUCAUUGGUCUCGGCGAGUACUAUAAAACCUUCAUCAAGCUCUAUCCCACAGGUUCUUCUCUCAAGAAUGAACUGGUGAAUACAAUUUCAUCGGAGGAUGACAUUCGUAAGAAUGCUUGUAUUGGACAAUUGAUAUUUUGGUUCGGCCAUGUAAGAAAACUCUUCCAGGCCAUCCAACAUUUGAAACAAAACAAAUUUGUAUUCAAUCCAGAUUCCGUAAAAUUUGAAACUCAACGACAAGAAAAUGACAAACUUACUGGAAAAUCCAGCAGUUUUGUGAGUAGAGCUGCACCUCGAAUUACAGUCAUCAAAAAUCGUGACGUUCGUACCUUGACUUGCCACGAAGUUGUUUCCAUGUUGAGAAGUGACGUUCGUAUUUCAAAUUUAAAAGAUGAAACCAAUGGCAUUUUUGCUUGGACACGAGCUCACGAAGAAAUGUUCAUUGCCCAAAAAAUUGAUGGUGAAAUUUUCCUUUCCGUGACCAAACCAAAUGAAUAUUCUGAGUUUGUGUUUGAGAAAAUUCAACCCAAUUAUGCAAUGGCUACGCAUGCACUACUUUUUGAAACUCUCACAAAAAUUGCAAUUGAAAUUAUGAAUAAUGGGUUUAAGCCUGUGGAAUCUUCAUUGAUUGACAAUCAGUCAGUAUCAUCAGCGUCGUCAUCUUCAUCCAAUCUCAACAACACAGCAGUGGAAACAAACACCAUUUCGAAUUAUCCUGAUGUGUCCUAUGCAGAGAAAAUUCAAGUCAUUAUCGGAAAAAUUAGAGCUUCUUCAAAAAAAGUUCAAAACAUGUCCGAUGAUGAUCUCAAAGAAUAUGCUGACAAUUUGGGAACUGUGGAUGGCAUCAAAAAAGCAUACUUGAAUAAGGAAUUUACAGCCAUUAAGAAACUCUUCAGUUCCAUGAGAAAUGUGAAAAAAAUGGGCGCCUUAUCGAGUGCGCUCAGUUCCACUGCUUCGGAUUAUACAAAAUCUGAAUGUAAUUUAGAGAGACUUCCGGAAGAUAUUGAAAUUGCUGAACGUGAGAGUAAAUUAUUGUCCACUCGAUUCAAAGACACCAUUAAGGUCAAAUUGGUCAUUGCUGAAAUUGCAAAGAAUAAGAAGGAACGAACCAUGAGACGAUUAUUGUCACCAAUUAUGAGUAGUAUAAGUGCCAGUCCUCAAUUUGGUCUCUUCCAUUCUGGAGUCAUUAUUGGACCAUGGCUCAUUGAAUGGAAUUCCAGUUCGUUGUGUAUUCCUCGUCGUUGUUACAGCAAUGCAGCCACUCUCGCCAUUGACAUUGAAGAAAUUUCAACCAAAGAGUUGGAUUCAUGCAUUGAUCGUGUGAGUCAAGUCAUUGCCGAUUGGAAUGUUCACAAUCGCUACAGUCAACAGAAAUGUAAUUGUCAACAUUUUGUCGACGAUAUUUGCAAAGCAUUGGGAAUCAAAAUGAAUUUCACUGGAUCCAUGGGUCAUUACAUUACCAAAUUAAGAAAUAAGGGUUUGUGUAACAUUAAAUGGAAAGUUCCAGUCGACAUUAUGGAACAAGUUGGAAUUAAGGAACAAAAAAUCACCUUCUACACACACAAACAACUUGACAUGCUCAUGUGUAGCAUUCUCUCUAAAAUUCCAGACUUUCCCGAACGAUAUCAAGAAGAUCACAUGUUAUUGAAGAGUUUUGAUCGUGCUUUUUGGCUCCGUUCUUUUAAGGCUCCUCAAAACGCCAAUUACCAUGCCAUCACUCCCGAAGAGUUCAGAAAAUAUAGUGGAUUGAAAAGUGAAGCAAAUGUGGAAGAGGAUGAUUUUGGUGUAUUCGGAGGAGGUGAGGAUGAUGAUGAGAAUAAUGGUCAAAGUGGUACCGGUGGAGAUACUUCUUCGGGUCAUCAUUCAAGAACAGGUUGUCCAUUUGGUCAUCCGAGUGAUAAAUCUUUCACUGCUGAUUGGUGGUAA